AUGGUGGCGCUGUUGGGUCUCGAAACGAAAGCCCAACGAGGAAUCUUUGUCACGUAUAUGGGGCUGUGGGUGAGCUACGGAAUGCUCAACGAGCUGGCUAAGCGUCAAAGUAUACGCUUCAACUCAGCCUGCGCCGUGGUGCUGCAAUCACAAUUAAAGUUGUUACUGGCUACAUACAUGUACUUGACGUUAGAUAACCAGGCAGCUGUACCGCUUGCCACGCGGAUCCGCUUUUUGCUAGCUAAAGGCCAAGAACAUCGAAAAUUACUACUGCUCUAUUUUGUUCCAUCAGGGCUGUAUGCGGUUUAUGACGUAUUGUCUUACAUCAACCUGCGCGCAUUCGACGCUUCCACUUACUUUCUGCUGUUGCAAUUUCGGCUUGUGGUGACGGGAAUUCUGCACCAGAUAAUGUUCUCGAAAAAACUAAAUCGCAACCAGUGGGUUUCUUUAGGAGUGACAACACUGGGGUGCGCUAUUAAAACGUUGGGUAUGCGAGACUCAAAUGCGUUUGCUACGCUAGGCGUUCAUGGUAGCGGCCCAACGCCUAUGGCUUACGGACUACUGUUAGUGCAGAUGCUAUGUAGCACCUUCGCAGGAGUGUACAAUGAAGUGCUACUUAAGAAACAAGCUUCAAUCCCGGACUGA